UGAUCUGAUACCGUGAUUAUAAUUAGCUAUAAGCAGGAAAGGAAGAGAGAAGUAAAGCAGUAGAGGUUUGUUUGUUUAGUGAUGUGUCUGGAAACAUGAAGCAGAAUGAUCGGCCAAGGGAGUGUUUGUCUAAUUCGAAUUCUGAAGGUUGUUCUUUGUCAUUGAUGGGAAGAGAACCCCCUCAGAAUUUGUUACCUUCCAAACACGACUUCCCUAGACUGGUUCUCGUGAUUGCACUCGCAUCGCUAGUUGCUUGGACCUGCAACUUCCUCUUUACCUCUCUCUUUCAUCCCCCUUCCAAACCCUUCUGCGACACAAACCUCCACUCUCCCGAUUACUUUCUCGAUAUUUGUCAACCUUGUCCAAGUAAUGGAGAAUGCAAUGAUGGCAAGUUGGAAUGUCAUCAGGGUUACCAAAGGCAUGGGAACUUGUGUGCAGAAGAUGGAGAUAUUAAUGAAUCAGCUCGAAAACUUCUGGAGAGAGUGGAACAUCACCUCUGUGAAAAAUAUGCUCAAUUUUUGUGCACUGGAACUGGAAUAAUUUGGGUUCAUGAGGAUGAUUUAUGGAAUUAUUUUGAGCCAGUGGGAAAUGUCAAAGUGGACAAUGCUCUUUAUAAUUAUACAAAACAAAGGGCAGUUGAGACAAUGGGCAAAUUAUUGGAGACGAGGUUAAACAGCUCUCAUGGGAUGAAGGAGUUCAAGUGUCCAGAUCAGCUGGCAGAGCAUUACAAGCCAUAUACCUGCUGCAUUCGUCAGUGGAUCUCACAGCAUAUUCUAGUUGUUUUGCCCAUUUGUGCCAUGCUUGUUGGAUGCACAGCUUUGUGCUGGAAUGUACGACAGAAGCUAAGCAUGUCAAGACGAGUUGAGGAGCUUUACGACAAGGUCUGUGAAAUACUUGAAGACAAUGCAUUGACGUCAAAGAGUGCAAAUGGUGAAUGUGAACCCUGGGUUGUUGCUUCUAGGUUACGCGAUCACCUGCUUUUGCCAAGAGAGCGGAAGAACCCUUUAUUAUGGAAAAAGUUAGAAGAAUUGGUUCAAGAAGAUUCUCGAAUAGAUCGCUAUCCAAAGUUGGUGAAGGGUGAAUCAAAAGUGGUAUGGGAAUGGCAAGUAGAAGGUUCUCUGAGCGCCUCAAAGAUGAAGAAAAGAAGAGAUGCAAGCAAAACGAUGGUCAAUGAAAGCACGGACCUGAAUCAUCAACAGCACCCUGCAAUGAAAACAGAGCCUACGGUACCACUUUUUUGAUCUGGAGACUCCUCCCAACAGUGACUACUUUCCCUUGUAAAUUGUGAUGGCCUAAACUUGUGAGUUGACUCAGCUGAAGACUCAAGUGUUGUCUUACCUUGUUUGUACAAAGAAUUCUGGGUAAGCUUAUGUUGUCUAUGUUUACAGCAGCAGAGGGCAAUAUGUGCGGCAUUGGUUGUGAGUGUGACCUGCAUUUUUUAUGAAGCAUUUUUCACCAAAACAAGUGUGGAUUCAUGGGAUCUGCAUGCUUAUUAAGGAAUGUGCUUAUGUCUUAUAGAGUAAUAAUAGCUUAGGGAGGAAACUCACGUCCUUGAAAAUCCUUUACACCCGCGGUUCUGGAUUGACGGCUGACAAACUAGUUAUGUACUAGUGCUAACUAAAUUAGUUAAGCAUUUUUUUCUCUUGCGAAAGAAUCCAAUAUUUAUAGCAUACAAAGAAUGUUAUUAUAUGACAUUGUAGUAAAGUCAAGGCAUAUGGAUGUGACUACGAAUUCGGACCCAUUA